AUGGUGUCUUCUCGGCUUACACUGAGGUCCAUCCUCGGCCUUCUUUUCCUAUGUUUUGUCCAGGUCUCCUCCGCGCUGAAGUUCGACCUCUCUGCCAUAAGCGGGAAGAAUGAGCGAUGUAUACGGAACUUCGCCCACAGGGAUCAGCUGGUCGUGGUGACUGCUAUUGUGAGCGGCACUAAGGGGGAUGGCCAGGAAGUCAACAUGCAUAUCAAAGAUUCAUUGGGUAAUGGACAUGGUGCCCCGAGGAAUAUUGUGGGAGAGACUCGUCAGACGUUUACUCCUCCGGAGGAUACUUCGUUCGAUGUUUGCUUUGAGAAUCUGCUUGUUACUCGACAGGCCCUUGCAAACCCUUUCCGGUCCAUCGAACUCGACGUGGACAUCGGCGCUGAUGCCCGCGAUUGGUCUAGCAUCCAAAGCCACGAGAAGCUCAAGCCUAUCGAGACUGACCUCCGUCGAAUGGAAGAAAUGGUGGGAGAGAUUGUUAACGAGAUGGAAUACCUACGUGCUCGUGAACAGAAGCUGCGGGACACCAACGAGAGCACUAACGAGCGCGUGAAAUGGUUCGCAUUUGGCACUAUGGGCAUGUUGAUUGGAUUGGGUGCUUGGCAGGUUGUGUAUCUGAGAGCUUAUUUCCGAUCCAAGCACCUUAUUUAG